UGACAGGGGCAGGUGAUGAGCCCGACCCGCGGGCCCCCACAGCCCAACCUCCCCACUGCACUGCAUCGGGAUCGGAGACUUGUCGGCCCGCCGGUCCAUGUGGCGCUGCCCGGACGGACGCGGCUCGCCUUCCUCUCCUCCGCACGAGUGCAUAAAAGCCAUCCGCACCGCGACUCACGGCGCCUGCUCCCCGCGCGCACCACCCGUCGCCAAUUUCCAUACACCAACACAUACAUCUCCCCGAAUCGCGCCGAGGCGCACACGCACACCGGACGAAACGAAAUGGCGACGCUCUCCGUCCCCGCCGCCGUCCCGGCCGUCGCCGAGGACUGCGAGCAGCUGCGCAAGGCGUUCGCGGGGUGGGGCACCAACGAGCGCCUCAUCGUCUCCAUCCUGGCGCACCGCGACGCCGCGCAGCGCCGCGCCAUCCGCCGCGCCUACGCCGAGGCCUACGGCGAGGAGCUGCUCCGCGCCAUCGGCGACGAGAUCCACGGCAAGUUCGAGAGGGCGGUGACCCAGUGGACGCUGGACCCGGCGGAGCGGGACGCGGAGCUGGCCGGCGAGGAGGCCAAGAAGUGGCAGCCGGGGGGCCGCGCGCUCGUCGAGAUCGCCUGCGCGCGCACCCCCGCGCAGCUCUUCGCCGCCAAGCAGGCCUACCACGACCGCUUCAAGCGCUCGCUCGAGGAGGACGUCGCCGCGCACGUCACCGGCGACUUCCGCAAGCUUCUGGUGCCUCUUGUAAGCGCAUACCGCUACGAUGGUCCGGAGGUGAACACAUCGUUGGCACACUCUGAAGCCAAAAUACUCAAUGGAAAGAUCAACGAGAAGGCCUACAGUGAUGAUGAGAUCGUCAGGAUUCUCACUACAAGGAGCAAGGCUCAGCUACUUGCAACAUUCAACAGCUACAAUGAUCAGUUCAGUCAUCCCAUCACUAAGGACCUCAAGGAAGACCCAAAGAACGAGUUCCUCUCAACCCUGAGGGCGAUCAUAAGGUGUUUCACUUGCCCUGACAGAUACUUUGAGAAGGUCGUCCGGUUGGCCCUUGGAGGCGUCGGCACAGACGAGAACACCCUUACGAGGGUCAUAACCACUCGCGCCGAGGUGGACCUGAAGGUGAUAAAGGAGGCGUACCAGAAGAGGAACAGCGUCCCGCUGGAGAAGGCUGUUUCCAAGGAAACAAGCAGAGACUAUGAAGAUAUGAUGCUCGCACUUCUGGGGGCAGAGUAUUGAGGCGUGUGCCUGAUCUACCAUAUGCUUGAUGAUGGGGGGAAUAAGAGUGCAUAAAACUGUCGAGUGUGUUGUUUUUCAUGGAUGAUUAUACGUUAGCCUGCAUGGCAGUACUCGUCCGAUAAGUUAUAUCAUUUCGUCAUUUGAGCUGCAGAAAUAUCAUUGGUGUUUUUUGAAGUUUA